AAUUUCAACUUUCAUCUAUUUUGCCCCUACUGCUGCAGGCAAGCCAAUCUGCUUCGUGUCACUUUCAUACAACACUACAAACCGAUGAAGUUAAAAAUGUGCCUUGUGGAACAAGAGAUGACACAAAAUUGGCAGCUGGUGAGAUUUUGGUGGUGGAGUCAUGAUCUAUAUUGACCGAAUAGAGGUGGUUAAUAAGUUGGCCCCUUGUGCAGUGUUUGAUAUCGUGAGGAACUACACUGCAGACUAUGACAAGACUUUAAUCUUCAAUAAAAUCCACCAUGAACUGAAUCAGUUUUGCAGUGCCCAUACACUCCAAGAAGUUUACAUUGAGUUGUUUGAUCAAAUAGAUGAAAACCUGAAGCAAGCUCUGCAGAAAGAUUUAAAUGUCAUGGCACCAGGCCUCAUCAUACAGGCUGUGCGUGUUACAAAACCCAAAAUCCCAGAAGCCAUAAGAAGAAAUUUUGAGUUAAUGGAGGCUGAGAAGACAAAACUUCUUAUAGCUACCCAGAAACAAAAGGUGGUGGAGAAAGAAGCUGAGACAGAGAGGAAAAAGGCUAUUAUAGAAGCGGAGAAGAUUGCACAAGUGGCAAAAAUUUGGUUUCAGCAGAAGGUGAUGGAGAAAGAAACUGAAAAGCGCAUUUCUGAAAUUGAAGAUGCCGCAUUCCUGGCCCGAGAGAAGGCGAAAGCAGAUGCUGAAUAUUAUGCCGCACAUAAAUAUGCCACCUCAAACAAGCACAAAUUGACCCCGGAGUAUCUGGAGCUCAGAAGGUACCAGGCCAUUGCUUCUAACAGUAAGAUCUACUUUGGCAACAACAUUCCUAGCAUGUUCAUGGACUCCUCUUGUGCUGUGAAAUAUUCAGAUGUUAGGACUGGAAGGAAAAGCUCUUCUCUCCUCUCUAAGGAGGCUGUUGAACCCUCUGGAGAGAGCCCCAUCCAAAAAAAGGAGAGCAUAGGUUGAUGCAAGAGGUGAAAAUGUUCUCCCAUAUCAAGAUGUGGCCCUAGGGGUUCAGUGGGAACAAUGGUUAUGGACUCUCCAUGCUCGUGUGUUCUGCCUCUCCUGUGGUAGUCCUGGCUUAUCAACUGAUUCCAGGAUAGAGCCAGCUGUCUGGCACUCAAAUGGUCUUUUCAGCCGCAGUUUUAUCAAGUAUGCUGUGUGUGUUCCUUGCUAAACUGGUACUUAUGAAAGAGGAAAGUCUGAUGCUAAGAUACUGCCUGCACUGGAAUGUUAAACACUAAAUACAUAACAAGCUGUGUUUUUCUAAGCUGAGAUCUAUUGAAUAAUGUUUACAUUGGUCCCCCGGAAAAUGUGUACUCAGCCAUUCAAGAGAUAGGAGGCCAGAGAGAAGACGGCCAGGAUGUGGUAAAUAUAAAGAAGACUCACUAUACCUGGGACUCAGGUGCUCUUUAGGGCCCAGUUCCAGCGCUCACCCAUGUGAUUAGCAUCUAGUAUGCCGAAAGUUCCCCAGGAAAUGAUCUUCCACUUGAGCAACCCUUUACUUGAUACAAUUUGCGCCUUUUUGUUUUCCUACAGUCAAGUUGGUGGCCUGCUGGGACAUUCACCUUGCCACUCUACCAGAUUCCUUGUAGAGAUUCCUAAUCACUAGUGUAUUGCAUUAGUAGGUUCAAAGAUAGAGCUUGGUUUGAAGUUUGGGGUGAGAUGAAACCUUGAGUUUGAACCAAAGCUCUGGGGACCUGCAUUCUCCUCCAUUGGGUGAUGACUGUGUCACUGUCUCAGGCCAUGUGUGACUAAGGUACCUGGUUUCUAGUCACAGACAACUUCUUAUAUGUCACCUCUCAGCUCUGGCUGGCUAAGAGCAAGACAGGGCUUUAACCAGAAAUAGGAGCAGCAUAUGAUUCCUAGCUAUUCACUGCACAGUAUUGUAUUAAAAACUGCAGGAAGUUUUUAUUUUUAAAACUGGAUUUGGGGUACAUUCAUUUGCCCCAGUACCUCUGCCUAAAGGCUAUAUUCUAGGCUACCAUGGUUACUAGCACACUGAUUCUCCUUCUCAGUAUUGUUCAUUAGGAGCCCAUAUAGGGUGGGAUGAAGAGUAACUUAGAAAGCAUCCUUAGUCAUUUGUGUCUCCUUCCCUCUUGGCCCGGAGAUACUUUAAUCUUUCAUGAGAGGAUGACAUUUUUAGCCUGUGGCUAUGGGAGACUAUUUAACCUGGACAUUUUUUCCCUUAAAGAUUAACUUUCCUGAAAUAGUGUGCUCCAUAGUUAGGCCUGAGUAUGUGCGACUUGUUAAGACCUUUUGUGUAGACUUUGUUCAAGCCAGACAGAAGAGUCAUGGGGACCACUUCCAGCAACCUUUCAGCUGACUGUCAGUCUCAUGAUAGUUGUGGGUUGUGCCAAACACUAUAUGGGAGUGGAAUCCCAUAUUUGAGUGGGUCUUUUCCCUGGGCCUUAUCCUAUAGAGGCAUUUAUAAUAUGGAGAGAAUCAUUUUUCAAUUUUGCUCAUUUAAUUGUAUACUUUCUCUUUAUGAGUGAAUUUUGUGUUCUCUAGCACUCUUUAAAAGAACUUUUGAACUAAAAAUAAACUCUUCACCUGUCAUAUAUUGUUGCUGCAGAUAAAUAAUGAUUGUUGUGGGAAAUUUGGAUCAUUAAUCUUUGUGCUUUCAUUCUUAGAGAUGUUUCCUAUUCCCAUGAGCUAAAAGCUGCUGCCCCAAAGUGAUGGAUAUGGAUUAUCUUAUAAGCCACACACCUGGUGGCAGAGUUGAGGAACAGGGAAAUUACAUUGUGAAGUUUUAAAGAAAGUACUUCCACUUGAACUUCCCAUGGAGUGUGCUUCCCUGUGCCCACUCUAGCUCUAGGUCUGUCCCUCCUUCAGGGAUGUUCCUUUUGACAAAAAUACACUGUAAUCUUGGAUCUAAAUUUAUAUGUGAAA